GUCAGUGUCAAAUAUAUUUUUUAUCAAGGAAUUGUAUGAAAACAAAAAACAGUUAAAAAUUCUAAAAAUAAGCAAUUUUUUCAUGUUUUACGUAUUAAAUAUUGCGAAUUAAUACCUUAGUUAUUAUUUUUUUAGUUAAACUAGUGUAGUUUUAGUGUAAAAACCAUGGAUUUCUCUGAAAUUUGUCGGACUUGUUUGAAGAACAAUAAAAAUGGUUUAACUCCAAUUUUUCUGUCUGAAGACGCUCAAAAUAUGUUACCAGGACUACUGUUAUCGUGUACAGGAGUUCAGAUCAAAUACAACGACGGAUUACCACAAAACAUGUGUAAAAACUGCAUGAACAAUUUUAACAACAAUUUAAAAUUCAGAAAACAAUGCAAGCAAGCUGAAACAUUACUUCUAAAGAUAAAAACCGAAAACUAUACCAAUAACGAUGAAACUUUAGUCAAACCACACGAUUUUACUGAAGAACUAGAAGACUCCAAUCUUAAAUCAGAAUUAAAAAGUAUUAAAUUCGAACCUACAGAUGCCGAAUUUGAAAACAAACCUUUAAAAUUAUAUUUACAACACACCGAAAGUAUUAACAUACCAGAAAUUAAUGAAAACACUGUAUUCAAUGAUGAUAAUUUUACCGAAGACACCAUAUUAAAAACGGAAGAAAAUAUUGACAAUGAAACACUAAAUAUUAAAGUUACUAAAUCUACCGAUGUACCGUACAUAGUCACGGACGUAGUGACGGACAAAACUACUCGAGUUAUAUGCAAACUUUGUACUAAAGAGUUGUCGAUCCGGAGUAUAGAUGCUCAUAUGAUGCGGAGACACCCUGGGGCUGACGAGAGGAAGGUGCGGUGUGAGCUCUGUGAUAAGUACGUGAUGAGGAACAAGAUGAACAGGCAUCGAGUUAUGAUGCAUGGGAGUGCUGGAGUUAAAUGCGGCUAUUGUAAAUCAGAGUUCAACAGCAAAGAACAGCUGUUAGAUCAUGUGGAGUCAUGCACAGCUAAAGUUAGGAAGAGGAAGAUCAAUGAAUCUGGCAGAACGAUGGCGGAAUGCGAUAUAUGUAAGAUGAAGAUGCAGAGAGCUAGCUUGAACAAACAUAAGGCAGUCACACACGCUGGCUUGAGACCUGUCUGUGAGCACUGCGGCAAGAGUUUCGGCAAUAAGUUUCGUCUAAACGAGCAUUAUAGAGCUAAGCAUGGAUAUGAGAAGUUUCAAUGCGGAACAUGCGAGUUUCAGAGUGCUGGCAUUGUGGCUAUGCGGAACCACGAGCGUCGUCACCGCGGCGAGAAGCCGUUUGUAUGCGAGUCUUGCGGCGCCGACUUCCACGCCGCGUACCUGCUCAUGCAGCACCGACACUCGCACAACACUGAUAAGCUCGUUAAGUGUGACCUCUGUCCCUCCCGUUUCAAAGCUCGCGACAACUUGCACAUGCACAAACUGACAUGCCACAGCAAGUCGCGAUACACCUGCACACUAUGUGCACGACGCUACAAGUGCCGCUACUACGCCGUCAGACACGCGAGACUCGUCCAUGCUGCUGCCGACCCCGCUCGCAUCGUCCAGCCGGCUGAACAGUAGCCCGGAGGCGGCAAGUUGCUGAUACACCUGCACUGUAUGUGCACGACGCUACAAGUGCCGCUACUACGCCGUCAGACACGCGAGACUCGUCCAUGCUGCUGCCGACCCCGCUCGCAUCGUCCAGCCGGCUGAACAGUAGCCCGGAGGCGGCAAGUUGCUGAUACACCUGCACUGUAUGUGCACGACGCUACAAGUGCCGCUACUACGCCGUCAGACACGCGAGACUCGUCCAUGCUGCUGCCGACCCGCUCGCAUCGUCCAGCCGGCUGAACAGUAGCCCGGAGGCGGCAAGUUGCUGAUACACCUGCACUGUAUGUGCACGACGCUACAAGUGCCGCUACUACGCCGUCAGACACGCGAGACUCGUCCAUGCUGCUGCCGACCCCGCUCGCAUCGUCCAGCCGGCUGAACAGUAGCCCGGAGGCGGCAAGUCGCGGUACACCUGCACUGUAUGUGCACGACGCUACAAGUGCCGCUACUACGCCGUCAGACACGCGAGACUCGUCCAUGCUGCUGCCGACCCCGCUCGCAUCGUCCAGCCGGCUGAACAGUAGCCCGGAGGCGGCAAGUUGCUGAUACACCUGCACUGUAUGUGCACGACGCUACAAGUGCCGCUACUACGCCGUCAGACACGCGAGACUCGUCCAUGCUGCCGCCGACCCCGCUCGCAUCGUCCAGCCGGCUGAACAGUAGCCCGGAGGCGGCAAGUUGCUGAUACACCUGCACUGUAUGUGCACGACGCUACAAGUGCCGCUACUACGCCGUCAGACACGCGAGACUCGUCCAUGCUGCCGCCGACCCCGCUCGCAUCGUCCAGCCGGCUGAACAGUAGCCCGGAGGCGGCAAGUUGCUGAUACACCUGCACUGUAUGUGCACGACGCUACAAGUGCCGCUACUACGCCGUCAGACACGCGAGACUCGUCCAUGCUGCCGCCGACCCGCUCGCAUCGUCCAGCCGGCUGAACAGUAGCCCGGAGGCGGCAAGUUGCUGAUACACCUGCACUGUAUGUGCACGACGCUACAAGUGCCGCUACUACGCCGUCAGACACGCGAGACUCGUCCAUGCUGCCGCCGACCCCGCUCGCAUCGUCCAGCCGGCUGAACAGUAGCCCGGAGGCGGCAAGUUGCUGAUAUAUAACGUCCAUGACAGUGAACAUUGAUAAAAAAAAUACUAAUGACGGCGUCCAAGCCCAUUGAAAUUGUUAGAGCAGAAAGAGAUCAGCUGCGCUGCGAUAUUAUAGGACACCCACAUUAGCUCGGACUGCGGCGGCACUCACUAUUCCUUCACUCAGGGCGCGCCAUGCGACGACAAGCCCACUGACAUUUAUUAUGAGUGAUUAAAGUGACGUGACGAAAAGUGGUAUGACUAUAGUGUGUAAAGUGUAAAAUAUGUAAAAUAAGCGUAAAAAAAUAUGAAAGACAACCUUAGUGUCGAGAAGUGCUAAGAAUCUUGAUAAUGUUUCCGUCGAAGUUUUUACUGUACAAUGUUGCUAUGACAAAAAUUUGCAUUUAGGUAUUUUUCCAGCUUUGUAAUUUUUUUAAUAGUAUGUAAGAAAAAUCGUCUCUACUCAAAAAGUACAGGUUGUGUUUAUGUAAAAACUAAAUAUAAUAAUUCAAAAAUGUACAUAGCAUUAGUAUGUAUAUGUAAUGUAAAUAUCAGGAGCUUCUAAUAGCGGAUCGAUCGAUUGAGCAACUUGAUUCUUCCUUGUUUCGGAUGGCACGUUAAACUGUAGGUCCCGGCUGUCAUUUGAACAUCUUUGGCAGUCGUUACGGAGUUAGUCAGAAGCCAGUAAGUCUGGCGCCUAUCUAACCAAGGGUUGCCUGGGUAACUGGGUUGAAAGUUGAAAUUAGAUAGGCAGUUGCUCCUUGUGGCACACUGGUACUCGACUAAGCUGCAUCCGGGUAGAUUGGAAGCCGACCCCAACAUAGUUGAGAAAAGGCCAGGCCGAUUGAUGUAAAUAUUAGUUUUAAGU